CGCAUAGCGGUAUAUGACACCGCAGCAGACCGUUCGGCGUGCACAAUCGAAUGAACGUUCGACCUGAACAGACGUGAUCAGACGUGAACAGACGCGCAGCGCACAGUCGAAAGCGGAAUCGAAACCGAAAUCGCGCGUUCAAGUGCGAAAGUGGAAGACAGUGAAGAGAAGAUACAUAGAUAUAGAUAUAGAAACACAGUAAAGAGUGCCGUACCGUGCCGGGCCGUGCUGUUGAAACGGAUUUCAUUCGGAAGAGAGAGAACCGAAGCAUGUCCAGUGCUCAAGUGUCGCAACAGCCGCCGCCGCAGACUACCACAGCGCUAUCGAUGCCGUCGCAGCUGCUCCUCAGCCACAUAGCCGCCGCCAGCCACAGCCACAGCCAUAGCCAGCACCAGCACCAUCAUCCGCAUCCCCAUACCCAUCCGCAUCCGCAUCCGCAGAGAUCGUCGCCCCACGACUACGAUCAGAGCAGCAACCACUCGACACUCUCGCCCAGAUCCCGGGGCAGCCCCACUCCCAGUCCGGCGGCCGUUGGCGCCAGUCCCACACACUCCACAGCCACCACCGGAUCACCACAGAGCGCGAGCGCCUACGCCCCGGGACUGAGUCCAGGCGGAGCCGGAGGAGGAGGAGGAGGACAAGAACACGCGACGGACCAGAUCACCGCCGGAGGAGCAACGCCAGCUGGAAUGGCCCUACUAGUGGCGCCCAUACCCGUGGGCUGUCCGCCACAGCAGGGACCGGCGGCACCGCCCACACAUCCCCGACUGUACGUGGAGGGAUUCGCACCACAUCAUGCCCCGCAUCUGCAUCCCGCUGUGGUCAACGUGAACGGAGGAUAUCCCCUGACACGCCUGCCACUCGCCGCCGUCAUGAUGCCCGCCAAUGCCGCAGCGCCAGUGAAUGGAGCAGCCCCACCGCCCGUCUCCAACUCCUGCUCCCCGCAGCCCGCUAGCAACCACACGACCAGCACCACCGCAACGACAACGACGACACUCCUGCCGCCCGCCCAGAGCCAGCCCAAGAAGUCCUUCUGCAUCGACGCGCUGCUGGCCAAGAGCCAGCACCAGGCGGGGGAGCGGGAGCCCCAGCCCAUCAUCGUGGACGAUCGCCUGGCCGCCCUGCACUACGCCGCCCGGGACCAGGCGGAGCUCAACCACGCCUUCGUGGCCGCCUCCAAUGCGGCGGCAGCCCAGGCCGCAGCGGCCCAUGCGGCGGCAGCCGUCGGCGGAAUCAGCGAUCACGAGGCCCUGCAGCGCAUACGCGACUCGCGGGAAUACGAUUCGCCCAGUCCCGACGGCAUGUCGAGAUCCGAGUCCCCGAGCUCCUCGCAUCGCUCCAGUCCGCCCAUCAGUCCCGGCUGCGAGGACCAGCAGCAACAUGGCCACGGCAUCCAUCCGCACUUGCACCAGCAUCCCCAUCACAUGUCCAUGCGAAUGUCAGAUCUCCACGACGAGUUCAAGAAGCCCGUGCCGCCGCACAGUCCCAUCAGACCCCAGGAUUUUCCUCUGUACGCGGGCGGACAUCCGUACCAGCUGCUGGCCCAAGGCGGAUCCGCGUUCCACCGCCCCCUGGAUCCAUCCGGCAAGCCCAUACCGAUCCCCAUGGGUCACAACUUUAUGCCCUCGCAGCUGCAGUUUGAGUUCCUGGCCCGCGCCGGAAUGCUCCACCACCGCAUACCCGAACUGGCGGCCUAUCCGCACCACGCGAUCCUGGGGAAGACGCGCAGGCCGCGCACGGCCUUCACCUCCCAGCAGCUGCUCGAGCUGGAGAAGCAGUUCAAGCAGAACAAGUAUCUCAGUCGACCGAAGCGCUUCGAGGUGGCCAGCGGCCUGAUGCUCUCCGAGACGCAGGUGAAGAUCUGGUUCCAGAACCGACGCAUGAAGUGGAAGCGCUCUAAGAAGGCCCAGCAGGAGGCCAAGGAGCGGGCCAAGGCCCAGCAGCAGCAGCAACAGCAGAAUCAGAGUCAGAAUCAGCCCCAGAGUGCGGCCAGUUAGGAGGAGGAGGACCCAGAGUUGGACAUGGAAUUGGAUAUGGAAUUGGUAUUCGAGGAGGAGGAGGAGGAGGAGGAGCAGGAGGAGGAUGUGGAUGCCCAAGAGGAGGAGGAGGAGGGGCAUCCAUUCUAGUCAGGCCGCGAUCAAUCCGCCGUCCCACCCAUCAUUAAAAGCCACACACUUUUCGAUUUCCGCAAUUUGUUGAAAUGUUUGUUUUCCUUCUUCUUUUUUUUGUUUUGUUUUUGGGGCAGCAACAAAAACCAUGCACUGUGUGAUAUAUGUCAACGAAAAUAUUAAAAUUAAAAGUCAUUACUCCCCCACACCCACACCCACACCCUCAUCCCCCAUCACCCAUACCCCACUAUCAUCAUCCCCCUAUUUGUACAUAAACAUAAAUCCAUCUAAUUAGAGAAAAGAUUUUUUUUUUUUUUUGUGAAGUUUUAGUCUUAGAUAAAAACAUAAAACAUAAGUAAAUACUUAUAAAUAAACAUAAAUCUAAAGUUGAAUAAUGCCAGUAAAAUAAAAUACGUUCAAUUACGUUAAAUGAGAUUAGUUUUACAAUUUGCUUGUGUAAUAAUAAUAAUAAUAAUAAUAAUGUGUGCCAAUCAUGUGUAAUUUAUGUAAUUAUGUUAUUCUAACAUUUUAACAUUGAUGUAGGUUUUUUUUUGUCUUUUUUUUCGAUUGAGUGUAUUUAAUUGUAUGUGUAUGUAUUUAUUAGAAAUCAGUUUAC